UUGUGAAGGUAGCAACGAUGGCGGAAGCGAAAGGGAAAAAUUUCACGGCGCUGCCGGAGGAUGCUAUCAAACAUUUAAGAAUCACUUCUAUUUGGACUUUCCUGUUUUCCAUUGAGUGGAGUGAACCAUGGCUUAUUGGACUGUUAAUUGGACAUAUUCUUUGUCUGUUUGUAACUUUGGUGACAUUUCGAUUUUACAGACUUCAAAUAUUGCAUUUUCUUAUUUUAGUUGGCUUGGUGUAUAGUGCAGAAUAUAUCAAUGAAUUUGCAGCAAUGAAUUGGAGGUCAUUUUCGAAAUAUCAAUACUUUGAUUCAAAUGGAAUGUUUAUUUCACUGAUUUUCUCAGUACCUCUUUUGUUAAAUACAGUGGCAAUAGUGACUGUAUGGGUCUACCGGACAUUUACAGCUAUGACAGACUUGAAGGCUCUGCAAAUAAAAAGGAAAGCAAGCAAGCAAAAAAAGGAGAAUUAGGAUAAUUUGAAACAGAUGGCAAAUUGCUCAGUGAACAUGAAAAAAGAUAUGGACAGUUACUGUAUAAAACUGAAAAAACUCUAUUCAAGAGUUUCAGCUUAUUUUGUGCAAUUCAUAGACUCUGUACCAAUUGGACACUGAAGUCACAAGAAUGUAAAAUACAGGAUGAAUUAUAUUUUAGAACUUUUAUUGACUUGUAUUCUGAGUUGGUUUCACCUGAUAAUGACAUUUGUACAGUAUUCAAACAAUAUUAAAUUC